CCUCUACCAACCCCCACCACUCUCUCUCUCUUUCCUGCUUUAAAUUUUGUUUUUUUUUUGUGGAAUUAAUUCAAAACCGAACUCCAAAACGUGUCCAACAUACUCUCUACAAUGGCAGGUUCUCUACAGUGCUCACCAAGCAUUGUCUCGAGACCUGACCGUCUCUGUUCCACAGAUCAAUCUCUCGGGGCGUUUCCGGACUCAGGGAGCUUCAGAUCAGUGUCUUUCUCCUCUCAAUUUGGCAAUUUCUCUCUCAAAUCUUUGGGGACUACGAGACAGCUGCACCCAUACAGAACAAGUGUAGUUGUGAAAGCAGAGGGCAGCUUUGAGCAAAUGGAGGUAGGUAUCACAUUGAGUCCCAGAGUAAAUUCAGUGAAGCCUUCAAAGACAGUGGCUAUUACUGACCAAGCAACCGCUCUUGUACAAGCCGGCGUGCCUGUUAUUCGAUUAGCAGCUGGAGAGCCUGAUUUUGAUACCCCAAUGGUGAUAGCCGAGGCUGGUAUAAACGCAAUACGUGAAGGUUUCACAAGGUACACCCCAAAUGCGGGUACCCUGGAACUCCGCUCAGUGAUUUGCCAUAAGUUGAAGGAGGAGAAUGGAAUCUUUUAUACACCGGAUCAAAUUGUGGUGAGUAAUGGAGCAAAGCAAAGUAUUCUUCAAGCAUUGAUUGCAGUUUGUUCUCCAGGAGAUGAGGUGAUAAUUCCAGCUCCAUUUUGGGUGAGUUACCCAGAAAUGGCAAGACUGGCGGAUGCAACCCCUGUGAUUCUCCCAACCAGCAUCUCUGAAAAUUUUCUGUUAGAUCCAAAGACCCUUGAAUCCAAAAUCAGUGAAAAAUCAAGAAUGCUGAUUCUUUGUUCUCCAUCCAACCCAACGGGAUCUGUUUACCCCAAGAAACUGCUUGAAGAGAUUGCUCAGAUCGUAGCAAGGCAUCCUAGGCUCUUGGUGCUAUCUGAUGAGAUAUAUGAACACAUUAUUUACGCACCAGCAACUCACACAAGCUUUGCAUCUUUGCCUGGCAUGUGGGAGAGGACUUUGACAGUCAAUGGAUUUUCUAAGGCCUUUGCAAUGACUGGUUGGAGACUUGGAUAUAUUGCAGGUCCCAAACACUUUGUUGCGGCAUGUGGGAAGAUUCAAAGUCAGUCUACUUCAGGUGCCAGUAGCAUAUCUCAAAAAGCAGCUGUUGCCGCUUUAGGAAUGGGCUAUGCUGGUGGGGAAGCAGUUUCUGUAAUGGUAAAAGCAUUUCAGGAACGACGAGAUUAUUUGGUUAAAAGUUUCAGAGAAUUGGAAGGCGUCAAAAUAUCAGAGCCCCAGGGAGCUUUCUAUCUCUUCCUUGAUUUAAGCUCUUACUACGGAGCGGAGGCCCAAGACUUUGGUAUGAUCAACAAUUCGGAGUCCCUCUGCCGGUAUUUGCUGGAUAAGGCUCAGGUUGCUAUUGUCCCGGGGGAUGCAUUUGGGGAUGACACGUGCAUCCGCAUAUCCUAUGCGGCAUCUCUGUCCACCCUACAGGCUGCAGUGAUGAGAAUCAAGAAAGCUCUGGUUUCUCUCAGGCCUGCUGUUCCGGUUUAAUUUCGAUAAUUGCUAUUGCAGAUUAUUAUUGUUGUGCUUGUUUGAAGAUCCUGAAUGUUUAUUUUAUUGUUCCACCCCUAAAUAAACAUGGUCUGCCAUCUAUUUCCUACCAAUGAACAUUCUUUUGCUUUUGUAUUCACUUGAUGCAGAUCUUGAAAGGGUGUAAAAAUAUUCAAAAAGGAACCUUCAUCUCCGAGAAUUGUUGAUGAAGUGGAAGUUAAAUUGAGAAUUUUGCAACAGUAAAA